UCCUCCUCCUCCUCCUCCAACAUCUUCCCAAUCGAAAUCGGAGACGAGAAUCCGGGAUUAGGGUUUGCCCAGCGGAGACCAGAAGGAACGAAGAAGCUUCUGCAGCAGCAAUGGCGCUUAGGCAGUUCUACAAUGAGAUCAGGGGGAUGAAGGUGAGGGAGAUCCCCGACCACGUGAAGCCCAAGCUGUCGAUCGACUACGUGAAGAAGUCCUUCCAGAGGGGCCUCGACAAGUACCAUGCCAAGUACAUCGAGACCGACUCCAUCGACCCCGUCUACCACGUCUGCUUCGGCGGCAUGGCCUUGUCCUACCUCGUCGCCCUCCCCAACGAGCGCCGCCACCUCGAGCACAAGCAGCACGCCAAGGAGCACGGCGGCGCCCACUGAUCCAUCCGUCGGUUCGUCGGGGGAAGGGGUCAAGAUAGUUGCUAUGUGUUGAUUCUCUCUAUCUCCGAAUUUCUGAUUAUCAUUCGGAAGACAUGAACUGUCUAGCUCACCAAAUGGUGCAUCCAAAUAAUGUGAACUUUGUGUCAUUUUGUGUAAGUUUUUACAUUGCGGAUGUUACUUUCAUUAGUUUCUCUAUAAGGGUGAAUGGAAACACAUGUUGAAGUCGAGCUGAAUGACAACUGGCUCUUGAAUUUGGAUGGCAGCUUGGUUCUUAAUUUAGUUUUGAUGCUUGAAUAAGUAUAUAUGGUUUUGAACUGGAUUUCAUACAACCUUCUAUAAAGCUGCUUGUUUCACAAA